AUGGACCCAAAAGCGGCGUUGGCACGAGAACGCGAGGCCCGAGUGCUCUCCAUUCAAUCACACGUCGUUCACGGAUAUGCCGGCAAUAAAUGCUCCGUUCUUCCGCUACAGCUACACGGCUUCGAGGUCGACUUUAUUAACUCGGUGCAAUAUUCGAAUCACGCUGGUAGUGUGGAGUAUUUAACCCUACCCCCAAGAUAUGCACAUGUGAAAGGACAAAAGCUUGAUGAUGCGCAAUUGAAUGAUUUAUACGAAGGAUUAACGUUGAACAAAAUCAACAAUUAUUCGCACAUUUUAACAGGCUACUGUGGUAAUGUGAAGUUUUUGGAGAAAAUCGCUGAUAUUGUUCGUGAUCAGAAAGCUCGGGAUUCAAAAGUUUUCUAUGUAUGUGAUCCAGUGAUGGGCGACAAUGGAAGAUAUUAUACACCCCAAGAGCUUCUUCCCGUUUACCGAGACGUGCUAGCGCCAUUAGCUGAUGUUCUCUGCCCGAAUGCUUUUGAAUUGGGUGAGCUAACAGGAAUGACAAUCACUACAGAAAGUGCAUGCUUGGCAGCAAUCGACACAUUACAUCAGAAAGGAGUUAAAACCGUCGUCGUGACGAGUGGUGUUGAAAUGACCGAAACGCAUCUUCGGUGUUAUGCAUCGUCUUUGACAGAUUCUGGAAAAUUACGCUAUCGCAUCACAUUCCCCCGACUGGUCGGUCAAUUUGUUGGAACGGGUGACGUCUUCGCUUCUCUACUCCUUGUUCAUCUGGAUGACACGAAAGGCGACUUGGAAACGUCACUACGUCGAGUACUUGGCUCAAUGCAAGCUUUGAUUCGUCGCACGAGAGAUUUCGCACAGAAGCAAGUUGACAACAACGUGCAAGCGAUGUGCGAGCUUCGAUUGGUGCAAAGUCGAUUCGAUCUCCUCUGCCCGCAAGAACAUCCCGAUGUUAGAUCGAGGAGACCGCGACAGAGUUUCCUCCUGCGACUCUUCACACCAUCGACGAUGAUUGAAGAUCGCUAUUUACCCCCUGAAGAGGGUCCAUUCGAUGAGGAUGAGCCAUUACUGCGGGAUGAACAAGAACAGAAAACGGCAAGAAAAUACUUUGUAAUGGGCACCGUUUUGAUAGUGACAACGAUAUUGCUCUUCAUCUCCACGGUGGCCUUUGCCGCACUCUAUUUCAAUUUGCUGAGAUUGGAUAACGCUCGUUUACCGCGAUGGCCAAAACCGUCAAACUCUCCGUUAGGUCAAUAUUCAACAGCAGCCGUGGCAGCUGAUAACGAGAUUUGCUCAGAGAUUGGAAGAGACGUUUUGCUGAAAGGCGGGAAUGCGGUCGAUGCAGCGGUGGCGGCUUUGCUCUGUAUCGGUGUCAUGGAUUCGCAUUCGAGUGGAAUCGGUGGAGGGCAUUUCAUGACAAUCUAUAAUGCUACUGAGGGAAAAUGUCAAGUGCUGGAUGCAAGAGAGACAGCUCCGGCUGCAGCUGAUCAAAAUAUGUAUGUGGGGAAAUACAAUGAAAGCCAAUUCGGUUGGAAAGCAGUAGCGGUACCUGGCGAGAUUCACGGUCUCUGGACAGCCUAUCAGAAAUUCGGAAGUCAUGAGGUCACUUGGCAAUCCCUAGUUGGACCGACCAUCGAUCUAUUAAAAGAGGGCUAUCCAACAUCGUCAAAUUUGGCAAUUGCUUUAAAACAGCAUGAGCAACGGAUUAUGAAUGAGCCGACGAUGAAAGCGUUUAUCAAUCCCGAAACUGGACGCAUUUAUAAAUAUGGGGAACAAAUAAAAACGAGAAAAGCCUUCCUGGAAACCCUCCGCGCUCUGGCCAACUCAAGUGAUCCAGUGAAAACAUUUUAUGACAGUGAAAUGACACAGAAAAUGGUUGACGAGUUCAAGAAGAAUGGUGGAUUGCUAACCCGUGAAGAUUUCAAAGGCUACAAGUCGAUCGUCAGAAAUGACGAUGAAGUGAUCGUGAUCAAGCUUGCGAAUCAGCGUUCUAUCUGUGGCCCUCCACCGCCAUCAAGCAGCGCCGUAACAAUGGGAAUCCUCAAUGUAAUGGACGGCUUCGAGAAUACAAAACGAACAUUUGCCGAUAUUUCUUUGCUAUAUCAUCGAUUCAUUGAGGCCUCAAAAUUUGCAUACGCUCAACGCUCCUACUUGGGUGAUUUGGCUUUCGAGAAAGGAGCGAUGGAAGCCGCAAAAAGACUUAUUUCAAGUGAAUGGGGAACAAGUACAAGAAACAAUAUCGGUGAGAAAACCCGUCCACGAAACGAGUACGGUGGCGAUUUCUCAGCGCAACCUGAGGAUCAUGGAACAACUCAUAUUUCAGUGAUGGAUAAACACGGAAAUGUCGUCUCUGUCACUUCAACAAUUAAUUUAUACUUAGGCGCCGUGAUCACUUCAGAGUCGACGGGAGUUUUAUGGAAUGAUGAAAUGGAUGAUUUCAGUACUCCAGGGAAAACGAAUGCUUUCGGUCUGCCACCAUCGAAAGCAAACUAUAUUAAACCGGGAAAAAGGCCGAUGAGCAGUCAAUCACCAUUGGUUAUUUAUGAUCACAAUAAAGCACAUCGAGUGAUGGGUAUUGGUGCAGCCGGUGGAUCGACGAUUAUCUCCGGAGUGGCUGGUGCUGCUUUGCAUGCUCUGUGGCUUGACGCAAAUCCGAAAGAGGCUAUCGACGCGCCCCGAGUCCACGAUCAAUUAUAUCCAAAUUACACUUCUUAUGAGGAAAAAUUCCCAAAAGCUUAUGUGCGAGCUCUAGAAGCUCGAGGGCAUAUCAUGAACAAAUCAACCGAACAUUUGGCUGUGGUCACUUCGGUCGAAAAAUCGAAUGCAUCCAUUUGGGCGAAUUCCGAUUUUAGAAAAGGCCCCGAAAGUGCUCCAGCUGGCUAU